AUGUCUAUGCUCGCUUUCCCUGCAGAACAACACACAGUACCUGGGAUUCUGUUACGGCUGCUCCUGCAGGCAGCGCUCACAGACCAGCGCCUCUUCUCUCGCCACUGUCCGCAAACAUGUCCGCCACAACUGCGACGGUCUUCGCCAGAUCCUCCCGGACUCCGUAUUAAUCUUGCACAAGUUACCGGUACAAAUUACUCCCCGUCCGCUCUCGCUCAGCCUCUGCAACUCUCACGAGACUUUCAGUGGACAAGAUCGCAGUGGCCAUUAGAGAGUGCGGUACGGGUUACCAUGGUAACAUUGCAGUUUAGUACCGCUUGCCUUAUGGAGUCCUUGCAGAGGAAAAGAAGGAAGCUGGGCUCUUCUUCUCAAGUUUGUGCAGGCUGCUUUGACGCUCCUUUACCGGGGAAGAAGUUUUGUAAAUCAUGCUUUGGCCUUCUACUACAGGAUACGCCUGUUAGUGAAAUCCCUUCAGGCCAAGGGGCUUCAGUGUCCAGGGAGGAGUCCGACUCCUCUGAUUUCUCAGGAGAGGAAAGUCUAGAACCAAUGUCGGAAUUGUUUUCUGAGGAGGAAGAAGAGGAGACAGAAUCUUCAUCCUUUGAUUUGACCUUAAUCCCUCCGUUAAUUAAAGCAAUAAAAUUAAUCUUGGGGGUAGAAGAGGUAGCGGACGCUCAGAAGUCUAAGGUGCUCCCAUCUUCUUCAAAGCCAAAACAAUUUUUUCCUCUUUUUCCGGAAGUGGCAGAAUUAAUCUCGGCAGAAUGGGGUAAAGCAGCUAAAAAGGUUUCUUUUGCUUCUAUGACUACGAGAUUUGCAAAGUUAUAUCCAUUUAAAGAACAGGAUACCAAGAACUGGGAUGCAGCCCCAGCAGUGGAUUCACCUGUGAUUCAUUUGGCAAAGAAGACAAUUUUGCCAAUUGAUGACUCGUCAGUACUAAGAGAUCCCAUGGAUAGAAGAGUGGAGACGGAGCUUCGUAAGGCAUAUCAAGUGGCAGGAGCCUCAUGUAAGCCGGCAGUAGCUCUAGUUUCAGUGGCAAAGGCAGUCUCCUUGUGGAUCGACAGUUUGGAUAAAGCGAUUGCUGAAGGUACGGAUACAGCUGACAUUAGUGCUGGAUUAUCAGAAUUAAAGAUGGCAGUGGCAUUUAUGUCGGAAGCGGCAGUGGAUUUGACGCGGUUGGCUUCCAGGUCAAUGGCAGUAUCAGUGUCGGCAAGAAGAGCAUUAUGGCUCAGAUCUUGGGGUGCAGAUGCGGCUUCUAAACUAAGUCUCUGUAACCUACCUUAUGUUGGGGAAAAUCUUUUUGGUCCUAAAUUACAAGAGGUCAUAGAAAAAGCUCAGGAAGAGCUAGAGGUUAUGCCAGUAACUAUAGAUACUUUGGCAGAGGCAGUUCAAGACAGUCAUCUUGGAGAGGGGGUCACUCCGCAGUUAUCAGGGGGAACAAGCUCAAACUGUCCCCAACUUCUAAGAAAUCCUCCUGACGAUCAUGGAGUAAUGGAUGCUCGAGUAGGGGCAAGGCUUUCAAGGUUUUACGAGGUCUGGAAGCAGUCAAUUUCAGACCAGUGGGUACUGGAUUUAUUGAAAAGAGGUUACCGCAUAGAAUUUUUGUCGGUUCCAACUCUGAAUUUUUUUUUGGUUUCCCCUAUCCCUCGAGGUCAAGAAAAGAAAAAAGCCCUCGAAGAGUAUGUCCAAAUCAUGUUGGACCAGGAGGUAGUGGUGCCAGUGCCUCAGGAAGAAAGGGAAAAAGGCAUUUAUUCCCUACUCUUUCUAGUGAAGAAGGCUUCGGGAGGGUGGAGGCCAGUGCUGGAUUUGAAGAAACUGAAUUCCUGGGUGCAUCUUCAAAAAUUCAAAAUGGAGUCGAUAAACACCAUUAUUGCGGCAGUCCAGGCAGGAGACUGGCUCUUGUCGAUCGAUUUGAAAGAUGCAUACCUUCAUCUUCCGAUAGCAGAUCAGCAUCAGCGUUUUCUACGCUAUGCACUUGGACACAGGCAUUUUCAGUUUCGGGCCCUUCCCUUUGGUCUCUCAACAUCUCCAAGAACGUUUACCAAGGUACUCAUCACCCUGGUCGCAGAGCUAAGGAAACAGGGCCUGACGGUCUGGCAUUACUUGGACGAUAUCCUCCUAUCCGCAGGGUCUCCAGAAGUCCUUUUGUUACACAGAGAGAUUGCAAUUUCUUUUCUUCAAUCUCACGGGUGGUUAAUCAACUGGGAAAAAAGUCAGUUGCAGCCAUCUCAAUCCCUAAUUUACCUGGGGGCUCUAUUCAACACGGCAGACAAUGUGGUUCAGUUGCCACAACGGAAGAUAGAGCGCAUGGUGAAAGAAAUGGAAGAUUUCUGUCUCCAAGGGGAGGUUUCAGCAAGACAAUUUAUGUCUCUCCUAGGUUUGAUGGCAGCCUCCAUUCCAAUGACCAAAUGGGCCAGAUUCCAUAUGAGGGAGGCACAACGUUAUUUCCUGACCCAUUGGAAUCGAUGGGAAAUCAAUUGGAAUCAGUUAAUUCCUCUUUCUCCCGAACUCAAGGUCAGCCUUCAAUGGUGGAUGAACCCUUCAAAUUUGUCCAGGGGUUUCCCCUUGCUCCAAUAA